AAACUUGUGAAAGAUACUUAUCCGGGAGCAGAAGAGGCCAAAAAGACAGCCAGGACUGGGCUCCAACAUAAAACCUCUGCAGGCAGUGUCAGAGCCACACACACAUACACACAUGGAGCAUGAAUAUCCACCUCCGCUUGAUGACGAUCUCUCUCUGUGAACCUUUUCACGGUGCUUCAAUUCAUUCAGAUACAGAUCGGAGGAUUUCAAAUAAAUGAUACAUGUAUACACCCUAUUCUGUGUCAAAAAUACAUUUGCAUUAUGUUGCUACUCAAACAUUUUAAAAUCUUAUGCUAGUACUUCAAUAGGUUCUUUAUUGGUCUAUCACAGGCCAUGGUAGAGCCCAAGAAUGUGGUCAUCCAAAUUACUCUCAUUCUUCUUUUGAUGCUUUCUCCGUAAGCUAACUUUAGAAGAAUACAUUUACAUAUUGUAAUUCACAUGAUAUUUUUCUCGCUCUGCCACAAGAGGUCAGGGUUGCAUGCUUUUCGAGUCCUCGGGUUCACCGCUCCUAUUAGCCCUUUAACAGUGGGAUGCCUCACAUUAUGUGUAUAGGUGGCGAUGAAUUCUCGAAUCAGCUGAUCUCCAUUUAAAAAAUGGAGAGGAUUCUUUCUACGUCUCAAUUUAUUUAUUUUUAAAAUUGUGCAUAUCCCUAAAUCGCAAACUACAAAUUUGCCUCAGAGUGCAAAAAAUGAAAAGCCCUUUGAUGAGGAUGAAGGGGAAGAAACCUUAGGGAGAACAGGAGAGGAGGAUCCUGGGAAUAAUAAGUGUUAGAAGCAGUAGGUGUCAGCAGGGUCAUGGCAAGAGGCAGGAUCAUGUUGUCUUUGAACCUUUAAGAACUUUAUGCUUCAAUAAUUCACAAAUUUCUUUUUGAAUGGUCUAUACUAUUUGAAAUACAUUACCAUUAUGGUCUGUCAUCGACUAGAGAUCCUAAUUUUUUUUGUCAAAUAAAUUGUUUGUUCUUACUGAUGGGCAAGGGAGGGAAGGACCUCAUUUACAGUCAAAAAUGUAAAUGCUAAAAUAUAUACGAUUAUUUGAUUUUGUCAAAAUUCUUACAAAUGUGUCGGUACCAUUCUGUAGGGUAUGUAGACAGAUAUUCACAAUAAAGACGAUUCCAAUGUGUUAAAUGGGUUCCGUUCAAAUACAGGUAUAGAUUGUAGAUUACAUUAAACCAUGGAUGAUUUUGUCCUUGCACUGAAGCUUGGUGUAAGGAGGAGGGGUCUCGUCACCAGGUAUCCACGUGUCCCCACAUCUCGCUGUGUAACUCAUAGUAACCUGUAAUUACCUUUGAUUAGAAUAAGAAACCAAGUCCCUGUCGUGAUGGCGGGGCCGUGCCACGACCAGGGUCCUGUUUCAAAAUAUAAACAAAAGAAGUGCUUCCUGUUUUCUCCUCCUUCCUGUCACCAAAACAGGAUCGCCUCGUGCUGUAACUUCUCCCGCGCGCCAAUCACCGCGUGGCUAGAGAGGACACCACGCCCUCUGUUCUCCGGGCGCAACGUUACUUCACCAGCUGGGACAUUUUGUCUUUAACGGAAAACUAGUCCCCACGUUUCGUCACCAACGGCGACAAAGCUCCACGCUGCUGAGCUGGCGUGUAACCUCCCGAACGUACGGACGUCACACUGUAUUCGUUUCGAGUUUAAGUAAUGAGAGAUAAACACGUGCUCCCUUCAUGCUUACUUUCAACAAAGAGGAAGUUAUGGAUAUUUGCGACGGGAAGAAAAGGAGACAGGUAAGUGGCGGCGCGAGGGGCUGCAGGCAGAGCGUGGCCGUGAAGAUGAAACGGGAGGUGGACAAAGUCCUCCGCUCCCUGACGGUGGAAGACAACAACCGCGCAGAGGCCAUGGAAGAGGAGGAGGAGGAGGACGACUGCUUCUCCAUUAGCUUCCUACCGAAUGACCGCAUCGACCCCGCUGCGGCUGUGCCUCCGCGCUACAGCCUGCUGCGGGAGGUCGGCCGAGGAAGCUACGGGGUGGUGUACGAGGCCCUGGCCCGCAAGACUGGAGCCAGGGUUGCGGUGAAGAGGCUCCAGUGCGACGCCCCAGAAAACGUCGAGCUGGCGCUGGCCGAGUUCUGGGCGCUGACGAGUCUGGAGAACCGGCACCAGAAUGUGGUCCAGCUGGAGGAGUGCGUCCUGCAGAAGAAAGGCCUGGCGCAGAAGAUGAGCCACGGGAACAAGAGGUCCAAACAAUACCUGCGCCUGGUGGAGACGUCGCUCAAGGGGGAGCGCAUCCUCGGCCACCCAGAGGAGCCGUGCUACCUCUGGUUUGUCAUGGAGUUCUGCGAGGGUGGGGACCUCAACCAGUACGUCUUGUCCCGCCGGCCCGACCCCGAGACCAACCGUAGCUUCAUGCGCCAGCUAACAAGCGCUGUGGCUUUCCUGCACAAGAACAACAUCGUUCACCGGGACCUGAAGCCAGACAACAUUCUCAUCUCACAGAAAUCCGGCUCGCCCAUCCUUAAAGUGGCCGACUUUGGCCUCAGUAAAGUUUGUGCGGGCCUGAACUCCAAGAACAGUGAGGAACACCCCGCGAUGCGGGCGGGCGGCCGAGGCAGCAGCCAGAACAACCACCACAACAACAACAACAACAUCAUCAUCAACAUCAACAAGUUUUGGUUGUCGUCGGCAUGCGGCUCGGACUUCUACAUGGCCCCCGAGGUGUGGGAGGGCCACUACACAGCCAAGGCGGACAUCUUUGCCCUGGGCAUAAUCAUCUGGGCGAUGGUCGAGCGGAUCACUUUCAUAGACGCAGAGUCCAAACGCGAGCUGCUGGGCACCUACAUACGGCAGGGCACGGAGAUUGUACCCGUCGGGGAGGCUCUGUUGGAGAACCCUAAGAUGGUUCUCCACAUACCUCAGAAGGCCAGGAGCUCCAUGUCUGAGGGAGUAAAGAAACUCCUCCAAGACAUGCUCGCAGUUAACCCUCAAGACCGACCAGACGCCUUCCGGCUAGAGGUGCGGAUGGACCAAGUCACGUGUGUGUGACCAUUUCCCCCAUCCCCAUCUUUUUUUUUUUUUACCCCAACCAGUUUAAGAAGGGACCCCUUUCCUUCCCAGAUUUGUUUACUGCGUGGAUGUGGACUCCGAUGGAAAGAAAAGUUGACAAACUGAACUGUGAAGACUCCACAAUCAUUUGAGCGGGAAGCAAUAGAUGAUGAAUGAUUCCAAAACUCUGGGAUGGGACCUGUAUGCAACAAACGGACCACAGCAGUGCGUCCCUGGCACCAUGCUGUGCAAAGUGGCUGUGAUAGGGAGUGGCAUGAGAACCAUGUUUAUGACAUUUAUAUCUGCAGAGGUUUGUUCCCAACAGCAGUAACAAUCUGAUCUUCCUUUAACAUUUGUAAUGUGAAGUACUGGACUGUACCAGCACCUCGAAGUAUACGCCCCGCUUUGCCAAUGACGGUAUGUGAAUCACUAAACACCAGACGGCUACUGGUUUGCUCCGCUGCCUUGUACAACCCUGUGCCUUAGCGCCGACUCACACCAAGUGCGAUUGGCAACCCGGUUUAAAAAAAAAAUGCUGCCGUCGCGUUAAAACUCACACGGUGGGACGGCAAAUACACUUUUUUUUUUUUUUUGCUCGCAUAUUUCUGUCUACAGAAAAGUUGCAAUUGAACAAUUGGAAUAUUUAGCCUUUAAUGUUGUGUGAGCAUGCAAUCCGUCAUUGGCCGACCUUUCUUCAAAAUGCUCACAUGAAUUCAGAUGGUCAGGCUGAGGCUUUAGCUAAAAUUAAGAAAUGGCCAUCGAGGACUGUCUGUCACCUCCACGCUCGUCUUAAAUGUGUUCUAUAGGAAUCGUGACUUUAGAAGAAGCAGGCCUGUAUCGACCACACAAUCCUCUGACAUUAACCAAGCGAGGUCUGGCAGAAUUCAGACUAGCAUUAAUGUUCCUGAUGAAUCCAAAGAGCACCUGUUUGAUAAAAUUGCAUAAGUCUGUUAAUUCAAUUCUUAAAGUGAAUUCUAAGUGUGACUAGGAAACAAUCCUGAUCAUUUGGAUUGGCUGAUGGAUGUUUUUUUUAACUUUGUACUGACUUUUUUGUUUGUUUAUUUUUUUUUAGGUUGAGUGUGGUGUUUUAGAAGUGGAAUACAGUGCAAGAUAUCAAGUCUAUGGGUGGUUACAAUCAUAUGGGUGGUUGCAAUCAUGAAGACAUCGUGAGAAAUAGGUGUUUGGCGUGAUGUGAGUAGUGUUUGACGGGUUGUUCUGGCAGUAUUAAGACGCCCUCUGCUGAAUCUUGACUGUCUAAUGAGACUCUGGGACCGUUUGUAUAGUUCCCAUCUAGAGGCAAUCCCCAAAAAGCAGCUGCAUUGUGACUCUCCUUCCUUCCCUUCUUUACUGAGCUGCUUCGAGCUGUCUGCAGUAUUGUAGCAGGGAACAUGUUUGGUUAGUUGCUGAUCCACAGCUGAGAUGAAACUUGAAGCAACUGCAAUUGUCACGAAAAAAUAAAAUGCAAAGAUUCAAAUACACAGAAUAAUUUCAACCUAAGGGGGGGAAAAAGCAAGCAGGCAGUGGUCACUGCACACAGGAGAAGUUCUCCAAUGCCCUUCACUCUGAAACCCAGACCAAAACCUUCUGCCUUCUGUUCAGCGACCUCUGCAAUGGUGGUAGUAGUAGAUUUACGACAGUUAUGACAGUUCACGCCAACAUCAAAUUAUUUGUGCAUUUUACCUUGAGGGGCUUAUAUCAAUCAAAUCAGGACUGGGUUAGUCAAGCUGAUCCAGACUUGUGAGCGGAUUCAUCCACCACCACAGGUGGUCCCAAGACUUCUCUAGUUCCACAACAUUCAGGAGAAGGCAGACAUCUCUACAGGUGACUAAAUCAGCAACCUGUGGCUGUUUUAUCUGCAUUACAAAGAUGCUCUGCAAUAAUGUCUGCAUUCAACAUCUACAACUACAUGGGGGGGCAGGGGGAGCCCCUAACAGCUUAAAAUGGCCGCUCUCGAAGAAGACAGUCUUUUACUACUUAAGUCAAGGCUUACGAAGACCGUAUCCGCGUAUUUGGACUAAACCCACACAGCUCAACAAUGGAAGAAAAAGCUGUAAGGUCUUCAUUCUUCAUUCUGAAUUUAUGAAUUAUUUUGAUCUCAAAACUGGACUACAUGACCUUAUAGGGAUUCAAUCUCGCUGCAUCCAUCUCUGUAACAUGAGUUGAAAUCGUGGGUGCUGCAGUUGUGUAAUGCUAACACACCUGUUGCUUAUGAUAAAACACAAUGUGAAGGUUUCGCUGACAGCUCAUAGGGGAAUGGUUGUUGGCUCUGAGAGUUUUAUGGCCAACCUGCUCUCCGUACAAGUCCUAGCAUUAGACCCCACGCAGACACACUAUGAACUAACUUAAGAUCUUUACAGCUACUUCAAAAUGUCCACCUGCGAUAAGUCUUUUUUUUUUUUUGCUUUCUUUCUAUGAGCCAUUUAAUU